CCAGCGACACCUUCGAAGAAUGAUAAACUGUCAUAUGCCACAGAACUUGUUAGACUUUGUUUUGAGAUCAUUGUACACAAAUAUCAGGUGUUUUGACGCAUUCGAAUUAGCUUAUAGUACAUUAGUGAGUAAUUUGCAAGUUUCGAUGUGAAUGCUACCUUUGAUAAAUAGUUAAUUCACAUCUGAUUUAUUGUUACUUGAGGCACGUCAGAGUGGUCUGCCAUUUUCAGGAAUAACUGCGACUGUCUCUUUCAGAUUCCAAAAUGCCACUCUUGUACAGUGUAGUGGCUAGAGGUCCUACUGUUCUAGCCAAGCAUGCUUCGUGCGCUGGAAACUUUGCCGAAGUCACUGAACAGAUCCUGUCAAAAAUUCCACCACAUAAUGACAAACUGACAUAUUCUCAAGGGCCAUACCUGUUCCAUUAUAUUUGUGAGGAUCGUAUUAUAUACAUGUGCAUUACAAAUGAUGAUUUCAAAAGAUCAUUGGCUUUUCUCUAUCUUAAUGAAAUCAAAAGAAGAUUUCAAGCUGCCUAUGGACAGCGGGCCCAAAAUGCACUAGCUUAUGCAAUGAAUACGGAAUUCUCACGCGUGUUAGCUAAUGAAAUGAAACACUACAGUGAAUCAAAGGACUUAGAUACGCUAUCGAAGGUGCAUGGAGAAUUAGAUGAAUUGAAAGACAUUAUGGUGAGAAAUAUUGAUAACAUAGCAAUGCGUGGUGAACAUUUGGAACUUCUUGUGAAUAAGACUGAAAAUUUAACAGCAAGCUCCGUGACAUUUAGGAAGAGCAGCCGAAAUUUGGCACGAUCCCUUUUCUGGAAAAACGUAAAACUCUACGUGAUCGUUGCCGCAAUUUUAAUAGUGGUAAUAUACACAAUUGUAUCCAUGUCAUGCGGAGGACCUGCAUGGCCUAAAUGUGUUGGAAAUUGAAUAUUUUUAAAGAUCAAGUAUAAGAACCACCAUGAAGGACUGAAAGGAUUUUGACUGAUAAGAAUUUAUUAAAAGAGUAUCAAUGAAGCAAUCACAAGUCGAAUGAAUAAGGAAGGAUAUGACUUCAAACAGUCUUAAGUGGAACAUAUGUGUAAAUAUUAUAAGGGUACCGGUUGCAUGAAUUAGCUAUGACUAACAGCCCGGAGAUCACCCCGCACAAAGAUAAGAAUAUUAUUAUAUUAUACAUGUAAGGAACUUACUCUUUAUGGCGUUAGAUAUAUUAUUGCUACUAUAAGUACCAGUAAUAUCCUAAUGAAUGGUCGCAUCAAAUAUGGUGCAGAAAAAGACAAAACAGGUAAGAAGAUAUCUGAGAAAGGUGUUAUUAAUGAUUUUAUUAGCUAUGUUAAACGAAUUACAAUAUAUUGUAACCUUGAUGAGUCUUUUGGUAAAAAUAAAAAGCUGUGGCGGAGAAAAA